AUGACGGAAAAAGGUGAUGACAGCGGUAACGAGGGAUCAAAGAAGUUCAAGUCUUUCACGGCAUAUGACGUGCAGAAAGUCCGCCUUGAAAAGCUGUUUAAUAACAUUGAAAAACCUGUCGAGAUUCCGACAAGGAAAACGUCAAAAAACUUUGCCAACGCGCCUGAGUUUGUUCGUAAUGUGAUGGGAUCAAGCGCUGGUGCUGGCAGUGGGGAAUUUCACGUUUAUCGUCACCUAAGAAGAAAAGAGUACGCCCGUUUGCAUAAUAUUGAAACUGCAGCAAGAAAUGAACAACUUGACGCUGAUUAUCACAGAAAGCUCGAGGAGAAUCGUAAAAAAGCAGAAGAGUUAACUGAGAAAAAGCGUGCAAAGCGACAAAAGAAAAAGGAAAAACUAAAGAAUAAGAAAAAGGUGAAAAAAGAAACGACCGAUUCAGAACAGCAAAAAGAAGAUGCCAGCGAAGAGAAAAAAGAAAGCAGUAAUGAUGAAGAGGACAAAGAAGAUUAG